CAGACCAAACGACUAGAACCAGAACACACGCCUUGUUGCCCCAAAUCAAGGAGAAAAAACAUGGCCGCUGCAGCACCGAUAUCGACGGUCUACGUCCAGAAUCUUGAAGAGCGCGUGAAGCCCGACACAUUAUCCAACACCCUCAAUAUCCUGUUUAAACAAUUUGGCAAUGUUGUUGACAUUGUGAUAAAGACAAAUCUCAGAGCCAAAGGCCAGGCGUUUGUUGUGUACGAUAAAGAGGACAGUGCAAAGGAGGCCAUUGAAGAAAUCGAUGGCUUCCCCUUGUUCGAUAAGCCCAUGCGACUCGCCAUGGCAAAGUCGCGAAGCGACAAGACUGUUGAGUUGACUUCGUCACCGGAAGACCUAGAGGCGCAUAAGCAACACAGACUUGCGGAAAAAGAGAAGAAAAAGGCUGCCCAGGCUGCCGAAGAGCAGCGCAACGGAAAGCGAGCGGCCCAGGAUCAGCACGACCGCCCAUCCAAGAUAGCCAAAUCGUCGGGCCUCAAGUCUACAAGUGUACCACAAAGCGCGGUCAUCCCGGACGAAUAUCUACCCCCCAACAAGAUUCUUUUCUUACAAAAUGUGCCAGAGGAUUAUACUGUCGAGGGCCUUACGGCGAUCUUUGGACGCUUCGAGGGUUUCAAGGAGGUUCGUACCGUUCCUGGUCGCAAGGGCAUUGCUUUCGUCGAGUACGAUGCUGAAGCCGGUGCCGUCUCGGCAAAGGAGAGCACUGGCGGUAUGACAUUGGGCGACAGGGUGAUCAAGGUGACAUACCAGCGCCAAUAGUGGUCAAACUGUAACAAAAGUAGCUUCUUCCAUCAAGU